AUGUGCAUAUCGAUAAGCUAUGGAGCACAGGAACUAAUCAUCGGUUAUUCUUUAUUUAUUUAUUUAUUUUUAUUGUCAUUGUCUGCUUCAUAAGCUGAUGUAUAAAAAAAAAAAAUCUUUGUGGCAUUGACAUGAAUAGCUGAAAAUAAAAAUCAACAAUAUCUGCCUACUGAGUGAGUUAAAAUUCCUGCAAAUGGGUAAAAGUUACGCACCCGCCACGUGAUCGGGAAAAUGUAAUCCGGCCGUUAACAAUUUAGCUUUGAAACAUAGGGAAAAGCGGUUGAUAUAUCACAUUGAGGAGCCUGAGAAGGUCCCAUAUCCAUAUGGUAAAUUAAAAGAAAAAGAAUAUAGAAUCAUCGCUUCAGUUUUUUCCACAACUUAAAAAGGGAGCUAAAAAAAAAAAAAAAAGAGGCUGACGUUUUCUGUUUCUCUCUCUCACUCUUACAUUUUUUUUUUUCCUUGCUCCAUGAGUCAAGUACAAGAUCGCUACCUUCAACUCGUCAAAGAAAUCACUGCGUUACAAUGGGUCAGAGAGUCAUUACCUUCGCAUUCAAAGUACUAUGAGGGACUUAAGAAGAAGCUUGAAAAACAACAACAUCUCAAAGAAUUUUCUGAAAGUGAACUCAAAAAGUAUAGGAUGGAGAGGGAUGCGUCUGGUCCAAAUAUGACUGGCAAUUUGCUCAAAACAUAUAGUCAAGUGAUUGAAUCCGUUCGUUUUUAUGAUAAUGCCAUUGUUCAGUUACAGACUCAGAUGGAUCAAGCAAAGGUCAUGAUGGAAGAGCUAAAUAUAGAAAAACAAAAACUGGAUGGAUACUGUGAUCAGCUACACUCAUUAUUUGACCAACUCAUCAUACCGGAUAUGGAAGAUGCCUCUUAUAUAUUCGAGCAGCACUUGCGAAAUGAUGUAGACCAAUUAAUCAAAGAGAUACCCGACUUGAAAUUAAAGAUAGGUCAACAUAAGGAAGCACAGUCCAAGUUAUACCAAGCGAGAGAGUUAAUAGAACUUGCCAUGAAAUCUUUACCCGGCGCAUCUACUUUUAUGGACAGACAAGCACUGGCACCCAAUACAUCGAGUUCUUUUUUUGAUAAAGCGCUACUUCAAUUGGAUCCCAUUAAAAAGGCUGAUGACAUAGCCAAACAAGGUUAUCAACUUGUACUGGAAGCACAUCAGUUAUGUCCCGAUGAUGUACCCAAUAUAUCGCAUCAGACAGCAAAAGAAACAGAUGUACUAAGUCUUUUGACAGAAUACAGAGGGUAUCGACUCAAGAUCGAGUUCAUCCUACGAACUCAAUUGAACCCUCGACUUAAUAGUCUGGAAAAUGGAUAUAAUAAGGCCAAGUUUCAUUUCGAGCAACGAACAAUUGAUUGGGUUGAUCAUCAGAUUUUAUUGUUGGAAGCACAUCUGAGAAUCAAUGGAUGUUUACUGGAUCAGAAUUUGGAUAGGGAAAUAUCCAUCUUGAGAAUGGGUUCAAGAGCUGCGAUUGCUGCUGUUGCUGAAGAAACCACGGGAAGGGUAGCUGUAGAUGAUGCACUGGAUAUCUCCACAGAUGAUAUGGGUCCUUUACCAGAAUAUCAAACUGAUGGUAGUACAUCCAGUAGUAGUGAAGCUUCCGGAGAAACGUUGCAUGAAGUGGUUGUACCGCCUGUCGUAUGUGAUUUACCCUCUUAUGCUAGUAAUCAUCUUCCUCCUCCUGCGUAUACAAGAUAAAUUGUUACACAUAAAAAGAUCCCGCACGCCAAUUAUAAAAAUAAAGCUAAAAAAAAAAAGUGCACUAAAAGAUAAA